AUGACUGCUAAUACCGCCGGGACCGCCUCAACAGGUGCCAUAGUUCGCAUGUCACACAACCCUAUCAGUUCUCCUACCGAUACUCCCAACUUCAUUGAUAAUGAAUUUUUGCCCUCCAAGGCUACCAAAUGGAUUCCAGUCUGCGAUCCCGCAACGAACAAUCUUGUCACGCGUGUUCCACAGUCUACCCCCGAGGAACUCUCUGCAGCAGUUGUCUCCGCGAAGAAAGCAUUUCCCGCAUGGCGGGCAACCAGUAUUAUUGCCAGACAACAAAUACUGUUUCGCUUUACGCAUCUCAUCAAAGAGAACUGGGACCGCCUAGCCGCAUCAAUCACUUUGGAACAAGGGAAAACUUUCAAGGAUGCUCGGGGAGACGUCCUUCGUGGGCUGCAGGUUGCUGAAACAGCCUGUGGUAUCACUACUCAGCUCCCAGGAGAGGUUCUCGAGGUUGCGCGAGACAUGGAAACAAGAAGCUAUCGAGAACCUCUUGGUGUUGUCGCUGCCAUCUGCCCAUUCAAUUUUCCUGCGAUGAUCCCCCUCUGGUGUGUUCCGAUUGCAGUCGUUACCGGAAAUACGAUGAUUUUGAAGCCAUCGGAAAGAGACCCGGGCGCUGCUUUAAUUCUCGCCGAACUUGCUCGGGAGGCAGGUUUCCCCAAAGGAGUCUUUAACAUCGUCCAUGGUUCUGUAGACACCGUCAACUUCAUUCUUGACGAGCCUGCCAUCCGCGCAAUCAGUUUUGUCGGUAGCAAUCGCGCUGGUGAGUAUAUUUACGCCAGAGGCUCAGCCAAUGGAAAGCGCAUGCAGGCUAAUCUCGGCGCGAAAAAUCAUGCUGUCCUUCUGCCGGAUGCAGACAAAGAAGCCGCUCUGGAUGCCAUCGUCGGUGCUGCUUUUGGGGCAGCGGGGCAGCGGUGUAUGGCACUGAGUGUACUUGUUACAGUUGGUGAGAGUUCAACUUAUAUACCUGACCUGAUUGAGAAGGCGCGAGCUCUGGUUGUCUCUGCCGGCUUCGAGAAAAACGCCGACGUCGGUCCGGUAAUCAGUCCCGAAAGCAAGGCUAGGAUUGAAUCCCUUAUCGCCAGUGCCGAGCGUGAUGGAGCCACCGUCGUUUUGGACGGUCGAGGGUUCAAACCAGACAAUUAUCCCAAAGGAAACUUCGUGGCACCCACGGUUAUAACCAAUGUCAGAACGAACAUGGAAUGUUACAGAGAAGAGAUAUUUGGCCCCGUAUUGGUUUGUAUUUCUGUACAGACCCUCGAAGAAGCCAUCCAACUUCUUAAUGCAAAUGAGUAUGGCAAUGGCGCGUGUGUUUUCACUACGUCAGGCGUUUCCGCUUCAUACUUCCAAAAGAAUGUUGAAGCAGGACAAGUCGGCAUCAAUGUUCCACUACCGGUCCCACUUCCCAUGUUCUCUUUCACUGGGAAUAAGAAGAGCAUUGCAGGUGGGGGAGCAAACACAUUCUAUGGAAAGCCUGGACUGGCGUUCUACACUCAGCAAAAGAUGGUGACUAGUCUUUGGCGUCGAGACAAUGUCGAUACUGGCAAACAGGUUGUCAUGCCAUCUCAUCUGUGA